AUGACGACGAUCCCGGCCCGCUUGGCGCGCUUGACCACCUCGUCCACUUCCUGGAACGACGCUCGGUUCAGGGCCAGGAGUCUGUACCGCGCUUGGCACAGGUCCGGUAAGUCAUCGUGCGCUCUUGGUGCUGGUGGUUGGUCGUGCUGAUCGAGGACGGUCGUCGCUUUCCGGCUGCUGCUGCGUUCGUGUUCGCUCGUGUGUUCUCCUUCCUCCUUCCUCCGCCUGCUCGCUUCGACGGUUCCCCUCCUCCCUAGCUCCCGAGAUGUAAGCACCCACCUUCACCCGAAACGCUCCAAAGACCGUCGCCCAACUCACUCGCCGGCCCUCCUCGUGCCCGUUCCCAGCGUCCAACUGUACGCGGUCAGCUUCCCCGCCUCGGCCGUACGCGCCAAAGUGCGCCAACAGUUUGAACGCAACCAACUCGUCGACGACUUGCAGACGUAUGAUGUCCUGUUGUUGAAGGGCCAGCAGGAGUAUCAGGAGGUCGGUUGGGUUCAGGUUCCAAGCGAUGGCGUUGGCGUGGGCGGCGGCGCAGGGAGCUGAUUCUUUUUGGUCUUGGCUUGGGCCGGUUUGAUCGGUUGCAGACCAUGAAUGGGUGGAAGAUGGAGUCGUACGUUUGUAUACACUCGACUCUGAAGCCAUAACCCUAAUCACCCCUGCCCCCUCUUCUCCCGUUCCCCCCCCCCCCCAGCCAACUCUUGCGCUGGUUCCAAGCCGAAGAAGUAAGUCCCAACCGCGUAAAACCAUUCCCUGACCUCCCCCAUCCCAUCCCUGACCCCAUUCUCACCUCGUUGCCCCCACCCUCAGCUACCCGCCCGACCGGACAACUUUCUCGACGCAUUCUACCUCUCCAGGGACGAUGGCAAGGUCGUGCAACCAACUUUAUAA